CUGCGAUUGGACUACAGGAAGCUGGGACUGGUGGGAGCUGGGAGAAGAAAAGGCUGCUUUUGUGCCGCUAUGGUAACUGGAGGUUUUCCAGUUUGAGGCCCGAAGGGGGGACCUGCUGUUGCUGCUGCUGCUGCUGCUGCUAUUACUACUACCACUGAAUGAGAGCAAUGAUGCUUAACUGACUUGCCCAAGGUCACACAGCUAGUCUAGUUUUUCUUGUGGAAAAAUAUCCUCUUAUUUUGAGAUGGCAUUUGCACCUCCUAAAAACCUAGAUGGUCCCAAAAUGCAGACAAAAAUGAGUACCUGGACACCUCUAAACCAUCAGCUCUUGAAUGAAAAGAUAUUUGAAGAAAGAAGAAUCCUGCUUGGAAAAUGGUUUGACAAGUGGACAGAUGCUCAGAGGAGAAGAAUCUUGACGGGCUUGUUUGAGCAGUGCUCUCUGUCACAGCAAAAGUUCUGUAGUCGACAACUUCAGGAAAGAAUUCCAGCAGAAGCAGUGGAUUUCACAACCAAGCUCCCCAGGGUGUUGUCUUUGUACAUAUUUUCUUUCCUAGACCCCCGAAGUCUCUGUCGAUGUGCACAGGUGAGCUGGCACUGGAAGAACUUGGCUGAAUUGGAUCAGCUCUGGAUGCGCAAGUGUUUGCGUUUUAACUGGUGCAUCAAUUUCUCUCCGACCCCAUUUGAACAGGGUGUAUGGAAGAAGCACUAUAUCGAGAUGGUGAAAGAACUUCACAUUACUAAGCCCAAGACGCCACCAAAAAAUGAUUUUAUGACAAGUGACAUUCGGACAGCAUCAGGCGACCCUACAGAGGUGAAGCCAUCCCCUUCAUCCGCCCUUCAUUCCUCCUGCUCAUUUAGGAAGAAGACUAACCGAGGGGAAAAGGACCUUCCGCCAUGGCGUUCUUCUGAUAAACAUCCCACUGACAUUAUUCGGUUCAAUUACCUAGACAACUGUGACCCCAUUGAACAAGCCUGGCAGGUGAAGAAGAAAGGAAAUGAACAGGCCUCAGAUUUCAGCCGACAACCACAUAACAAGAAAAAUAAAUUUCAAGACAGAUCCAAGCUGAGAAAAGCACAAUCCCUGGUAUCAUUAGGGGCAGACUACAGCUCUCUUCUGAAAGUACCAACUCACCUCAACUGGGUUUCUCAUGAAUCACUAAGAUGUUCAAAAGCCAGAGCUCAAAUGGUCACACAUCACUUUCAGGAGCAUCAUAAUGGACUUCUAUAUUCACCCAUUCAAGUUCCAGAACUGAAACUGAAUUAAAGCAUCAAAGUGCUUUUAUUGGCAUCACAAGAAGAUCUGAUGACAUUUCACGAACACCUGGCUUUUAUCCAUCUGCUGUGCUGGAGACUAAUGCAGCUGAAGUAUUAUAUUUCCCCAAAAUAAUCCUACAGAAUGUUUUGACCUCUGAUUUGGAAUCAGAAAAUCUAGGUCCACCUUAUUGGCUCAGCCAUUUGUUAGCUGUGUGACCUUGAUUGAGUAAGUCACUUGUCUCCGGUCCACAUUUUUUUUCUCAUCCAUUAAACAAGGGAGUUGGACAGUAUGACCUCUAAGGUCCCUUUCAUCUCUGAAGCUAUGAUUCCAUGUGCUGUAUUGAUAAAACAUUUACAAACACUGAGAGAGAUAUAAUCAUUCACAUUUUUAUGUGCUAAGACAACUAAUUAAGGUUAGUAUGUAUCAAUAGGCAUGGUCAGACUAAGCAAAAUGGGAUGAAAGCUUAGCACAGUUUUGCCAGGAAUUUAUGCUGCAAUUGUGAGGAAAGAUAAUAAUGAACAUUUAUAGCACGCUUUUUAAAAAGCUGAAGAAUACUUUACAUACAUCAUCUCAUCUGAGCCUCACCACAAGCCUAUGAGGUAACUACUGCAGGUAUCAUUAAUUCUGUUUUUUUUUUAAGAUGGGGAAACUGAGUCUCAGAAAAGUUAACUUGCUCAUGGUCACAGGGAUAGUAAGUGACAGAAGGGAUUUGAACCCAAGUCUUUCUGAUUCCAAGACUCAGUAUAGCUGUACAAAGGAAGGGUGAACCAGAACUCUCAACAAGCCCAAACAUUAGCCAUUCAUGAGACUUUCCAUCUAUAGUAACUCAGGGGAGGGAGCACAGGCAAGAAUUCCCAAGCAAGAGAAUCCAGGGCCAUGACCAAUUAAGUAAGCAAUGGUUCUGGGACAUAGAAACUUGGUGGGUUUUGGAGCUACAAACAGAAGGAUAUGUACCUUCAAUGUUGUGACGAUUGAACAUAUGAGAGACAUAGUUUCUGGGUAAUUUAAUCAUUUUAUUAAUAAAGCUGGCAGGUUGUUAAUAAAAGGAUAGUCAUUUCCUGUCUCUCUCAGACCAAAGACCAGAAUGGCAGUGGGCUCACAUGUACCCUUCCAAACAGUAGGUGGUUCAUCAAACAGCAAUCAAAUCUAAUUUGUUAGCUUAAUUUGGAGGUAGGCAAUAUUAAAAUGAAGGGCUAUACCAGACCACCCCCAGCUUUGGGCUAUCAAUUCAAAGAAUUCAUUCCCUUCUCUAUGGGUGGGCUGAGUGAACUCUCCCUGGACAGAGAGGCCUUCCUAUAUAGACAAAAUGAUCUGUCUCCUUUCAAGCUUUAGCAGAGCACAAUGAGCUUCUUCACCCUAUAUUAAAUUCCUUGCAAGGUCGGAUGGGCCUGACCAAGAUGAAGAGAUUCAAUGUAAUCUUAUCUUCAAGAAGAACUGGACCAAAGAAAAUUCCAAAGAACUCAUGAUGGAAAAUGUUCUCCACAUCCAGAAAAAAGAACUAAAGAACUGUGGAUUCUGAAUGUAGAUUGAACGAUACUGUUUCUACUUUU